CUUGGGCAGGCAGCCAUGUCAGUUUCCUGUACAUGCUUUCAAAUCGACUCCAUCUCAACUUCAGAUCAAUGGGAAUCUACCAAUGCAGGGGAUCGAGGAUACAACAAUUGGGAAGCUGCGAGGAACUCUGGACCCGUUCCCCCUCAUUUAAAUGAUGCAAAUGCGCUGGCCACAACAACACAUCAUCAGCAUGAUGGCUCGAUGGAAGGCCAGGAACCCCCAUUUCAGCGGCAUCGCUUGCUUGAGAGCCAAGACGAGCCCUUUCAUCGAUACCCCUCACAUGACGGCCAACAAGAAGAGGCUUUUCAUCAAGAUCAUUUCAGACAUCCGCAACAACAACGACCCAGUAUAGGCACUCAGUAUUUAAACCAGAUUUCGAAUAUCUUCAGCGAAGAGGACCCCAGAGGCAAUAACCAACAUCAAUAUCAUGAACCACCACCACCACAACAACAACAACAUCAGCAACAACAACACCAACGAAACGACGAACCAGCCGAUUGGGAUCAAAGCAAUCAGAGUGAAGCUCCUGAUAUGACGAGAUUGCCGCUGGUGAAUAUUGAUCAUUUGUAUCUUCCAUUCUUCAAUGACGCUCGUGCGGAAAAAAACGUCAAUGAAGGCGAGGCAAAUGCGGAUGAAAUUGAACAGGAGCUUGAUCAGAACAUUCACGACUACGUGGAACAACGAGAGCGAGAGAAACGACUUCGCAACCUGCGGUUUGAGACAAGAAAUAGAAAGCAUGACAUUAGCGAAGACGAGCCAGAAGAAGACGAGAGCGAAGACGAGAGCGAACAUUCGGACAAAAGAAAUGCCAAUAACGAGGAAUUGGACGACUAUCCCAUGGUGAUCAGAUAUCAUAAUAAUGGCUCUCAUCCUCGAUCGAGAACUGUUCAAAAGCGAAUCCGACCCCGAACUUCGAAGCCAUUUCGACCCUAUCCGGAGCGAGGUUCUUCCCGGCCCCCGUCAACCCGUCCAUCGGAUAAUCGUCCCUAUCCGUCCAAUCCAUUGGAAGACGACAACAUCAGGGUUCACGUUUAUGGGAGUUAUAAAGGGCCUGCUCCACCUUCGGGAUCUCAUACAUCCACUCUGGUGCCUAACUAUGGCCCAGCCCCGGAUCCCCGCCGAUCUGUUGUCACUGAUGAUGAGGACGACGAUGAGAAUGAGUCCCCCUCUGUCCCACUUAUUCCUGGCCAAGCAGCCCCGCCCAUUCAUUCACAAGUGAGCCGAGUAUACAACCAACCCGAACAACGCCGCCGAAAACCACCAAGUCACUCUCAACGUGUCAGGCCUGAGAAGCGAAACCUGACCCCUCAAGCUAAAUAUGACCGACAAAUACAAAGCGGUGGGGACGACAACGAUGACGAUGACAGCGACAAUGACAGCAACGAGGAGAAGAAGAAGGGGCAGGCCGAGGAUAAGCCAGAAAUAACUGUCAAUAACCAUCAGCCUCAAUUCCCUCCUAACACCAACUACCCUGCAUUUCCACUUCACUUUCCAACAUUCAACCCAAGACCACAGCAGAGCCCUGGAGGCCUGUUUGUCCACCAGAUCCCCCCUUCGGCCAAACCGUUAGUGAUUGUUCCCAUAAAUAAAAUACCCGGCCUCACCACUACCACUUUGGAUCAAUCACAAGAGCCAAGGUCGUUGGUUUAUGGUGGUGGUGGUGGAGGUGUUGGUGCAGGCGCUUUGGGAGGAGGUCAUCAUCUUCCUCAUCAUCAUCAUCAGCCACAACUUCAUCCUGCCCUGAGUAGCAAGAAAUCCCACCAUCAUUACGGUCCUUCCAGGCAUGGUCGAGCAAAUAUCAAGGCUUACCGGGGACCUUCGCAAAAGCUGAAAUCAUCGCACGGAUACGCUAGCUAUUUUGCCCCUUGGGGAUAUUCCUCCUAUGUACCAACGGAUUCCAAACCAAAGAAAAAGUAUUGACCUGUUUGAGCGUUGAGAGAGAAGUAUUGUUAUUAUUACUAUUAUUACGUUUGUUAUUAGGCAGGAAAUCUAAAUGUUAUACAUCUUUUUUUGUGAACGACUAUCUCGAAAUAUCCGACAGCACGGUUUUUCUCUUCAAGUACCUCCUACAAACGAAAAACUGGUUGCUCCAUAAUUAACGUUAAUGACGCAAUAAAUUGACUGUACUGGCAGUGAUCUAGAAAGUUUGAAAUUUGCCUGAUAAUGGUUGUGAUUUAGGUGAAAAUAAAUGAAUGUGCUAUCAAUCCA